AUGUUGAGGGUGGCAGAAGGCUUCUUUAUCAAAGACCAUGCGGACACCCUCACGCACUUCUGCAUCGGCCUCCUUGCUGGCAACUUGCUGCUUUGUGCCUUCGCCUGUAUGCUGAUGCUGAUCGCAAGCUGCAAGAGCAAGGUCUCGCUGGAAGUUGGCUGGGCCGCGCUGUUGUGUGGGCAUUGGAUCCUGCUGGCCUUCCGCGAGAAGGCCCCGCAUCAGAACAUCUCCACGGGAGCGCUGGCGGAGAUGCUGGCGCCCUUCUUAGACUUUGGACAUGAAAGCGGACGUCAAGACUUGUACCUGGCUUGA